AUGGGUUCAAAAUCAUCACGACAUAAUUUAGAUAAUAGUGAACCAUUAAGUAAAGAAACAAUAGAAGAACUUUGUCACGAUACCGGAUUUACAGAAGAUGAAUUACUUAAAUUACAUACAGAUUUUUAUAAAGAUUGUCCUGAUGGUAAAUUAACAUUAAAACAAUUUGAAAAUGAAUAUUCAAGAAUAAUGGGAAAACCUAAACAAAAAACAUUAAAUUAUAUUAGACAUAUGUUUAAUGUUUAUGAUCAAGAUAAAAGUCAAUUUAUUGAUUUUAGAGAAUUUGUCAUAGCAUUAUCAGCUGUUACUGUAGUUAAUCGUCUUCGUCUUAUUGAAACUCUUUUUAGUAUAUUCGAUUUAGAUAAUGAUGGAAAAAUUACAAAAGAUGAAAUAGAUAAAAUGUUACAUACACUUGUUGAUGUAACAAAUUCAAAUAAAAGACAUAAUAUUUCUUAUUCAAAUGAACAUGAUUUAAAUAAACAACAUAAUUUACAAAGACGUAUUGAUGAUGCAUUUAAUGCAUUAAAUACAAAUGAUGAUGAUCAUAUAACUAAAGAUGAAUUUAUUGAAUGGUAUAUGAAAUCUGAUCUUUUAUCUGAUGUUUCAUCUAAUGAAAUAAAUACUUCAAAUAAAUUAUAUUUUCAAGAACGUAAUAAAAAAUAUCGAAAAAUAAAAAAUAAUCAAUUUAAUUCAAAUAAAAAUAAAGAAAGUAAUCGUCAACAACCUCAAAUUAUUUAUAUGUCACAAAUGACUGAACGACAAUUAUCAUUAAAUACGGAUGAUAAUGAUGAAGGUAUUGAUAAUAAAACAACAACAGCAACAAUACAUAGAAGAAUAAAUUUAGAUAAUACUAAUUUACAUUAUUCAAAAGGUAAUAGACGAUGGGAAUAUUUAUUUAAUUCUGUUUUUAAACAAAUUCAUGGACAAAUUUCGGAUGAUGAACAACAAAAACAUAUAAAUCUAAAUGAUCAUAAUCGAAUAAAUUAUUUUCAUCUACGAAAACAACAACAUAAAGAAAAUUUUAAAUUAGAUAAUAAUAAACAAAAAUCAAAUGAUGGUUCAUCAUCUCCUGAUAUUAUUUCUGUUAGAUUCUAG